CUUAAUGUUUAGGGUAUUUUUUCUUAAAAAUGAAAUUCCCCUAAUAUAUUUUUUAAAAAAAAAUUAAAACCAAAACCCCCCAGGGUCUCUUCUCCGGCGACCCACCCCUCCCCUCUCCCCUUGCACUCUUCUCUUCCCCGGCAACUAACUCCGACCCAUCCUUUCCAUGGCAAUGUUUUUUUACGGUCCAGAUUGCAUCUCGGAAUUUAAUUAACAAAAACCAUGGCGGGAUUAAACCUCCGUUCUGUGCUUCUGUUCUCUGCAUUUCUUCGAUUGUUCCUGGUCCUCUACGGCGAGUGGCAAGAUGCCCACAUGGAGGUCCGGUACACCGACGUCGACUACCUCGUAUUCUCCGACGCCGCAGCCCUCAUGGCCAAAGGUGAAUCCCCUUACCAGAGAUCCACCUACCGCUACUCACCCUUCAUCGCCUUUCUCCUCAUCCCCAAUUCCUUCAUUCAUCCUUCUUGGGGCAAGUUCCUCUUUUCUGCAUCAGAUCUGCUCGUGGGGUUUCUGAUACACAAAAUCUUGAAGCUAAGAAGGGUGCCGGAGAGAUUAAUUACCUGCUCGGUAAUGGUAUGGCUAUUCAAUCCAUUCACAUUUACAAUUGGAACUCGCGGAAACUGUGAACCCAUUGUUUGUGCCAUUGUCCUUUGGAUCAUUAUCUGUCUCAUGAAAGGUUCUAUUCUGCAAGCGGCAAUUUGGUUUGGGUUUGUUGUCCACUUGAGAAUAUAUCCUAUUAUUUAUGCACUACCCAUAAUUUUGGUUCUUGAUCCUUUAAACUUUCAGCCUUGUACCACACCUGCACUUACAGAUUGGAGUUCUAUAAAGAAUCCCCAGGCAGCAGAUGGUUCUUAUCGCGGAAAACGUUCUUUUUGCGCUUUCUUGAUAAACAUGUUGUCUUGGAGGAGAGUGAUGUUUGGACUUGUUUCUGGUGCUGUGUUCUUUAUGUCAACUGGGUUUUUCUUCCAUCUGUAUGGAUGGGAGUUCUUGCACGAAGCUCUGCUAUAUCAUCUCACUCGCACUGACCCAAGGCACAAUUUUUCCAUAUACUUCUACCACAUAUAUCUCAACUAUGAACGUGAUUUCUCAGUCUUGGAAAAGCUAGUCUCUUUUCUUCCUCAGGUUAUGGUCCAGAUUGCACUGAUCUUCUCUUUUGCCCAUGACUUCCCCUUCUGCUUUUUUGUGCAGACGGUUGCAUUUGUUGCUUUUAACAAGGUCAUAACAGCUCAAUACUUUGUUUGGUAUUUUUGUCUCCUGCCAUUGAUACUGCCUUGGAGUAAGAUGAAGCUGAAGGGGAAGGGAUUGGUUUGUAUUCUUGUGUGGAUUGGAGCGCAGACGCAUUGGCUGCUGUGGGGUUAUUUGCUUGAAUUCAAAGGCAAAAAUGUCUUCAUUCAGCUAUGGACAUCAAGUUUGAUGUUCUUGGCUGCAAACACCUUUGUCCUCACCGCCACCAUAACCCACCACUGCUACUCUCCAGUAUUCUGCCACCCACGGCGUCCAAUUUCAAACAAGUUCGUGAAACGUGAAUAGAGAGAGAACCAGCCAAACACUGCCUUAAUCGCGCAAACCCCAUCUUCUUCAUCAGACGCUACCACCAAAACCCAACAGAUCUUUUGUGACUCACAGGGCCAACUGAUGAGAGGCUCUGGAGGAAGGAUGUAUGAAAUGGACUAAAGAGGCUUUUGCUAUAGAAGAACAAGUUUCUACCACAGACAAAUAAAGGGAAUUUUAUCAAAGGAAAUGUUCCCUGUUUUGUUUUUUAAUGAGGUCCUAAUCUUCUGGUACAUUAUUGAGGCCACAAAAAACAUUGUUGUGACAAGUUUCUUCUCUUCUAUUGAUUUAGAUUCAAAGUUUAUCUAUUCUUCCAUAAUCAUCCAAAAAGUUGAGCAUAAUGUAUGACUCUGAGGGAGAAAUAGCGGGUCCUAGAUCGCGAAACCUUACUUUACAAGUUAAACAUCGUUCACAUAAAGUGUGGCAUGACCCAACAUUUAUAGACAACAAAGUCUCUCCGGUUCGCUACGAAGGUAGUCUUCCAACGGUUUUUUCAAGAUGAUAGUCUAUAAAAUGUUGCACCGGUCAGGAUUUUAUAGAGUGCACCGUAUGCAACCUAUCCGAUUAGAUCAUGAUCUUAUCACUUGCCUGUUUUAUAAAACUCUUGAUUUAGUUUUAAAAUAUAUUAUGUAUAAAUUUACUCCAUAUUC